CAAUAUCAAAUUGGAGUAUGAUGAGGUGUAUACACACAACGAAAAUGGCGACGCUGGAUUAAAGAAGUGUCUCGGUGGUCUAUUAUCCCCUGUAAUGUUGAAUAAUAAAAAAUAGUUGAAAUGUGGCAAGACUUGGAUACUCUGACCAGUUCAGCAGUAAAUUCUGGGUCUCAGCAGGCUGAUCAAUUCAGCACGACAGAACUAACACCGGAGCAACAGAAGAUUCUUAUUGACAUUCGCCGAAAAAAAACUGAACUAUUACUCGAAAUUCAGCAAUUAAAAGAUGAGCUUGGAGAAGUUGUCGCCGAAAUGGAAGUCAUGGAAGGAGGCGGAUUCACCGUUGACGAAUCAAACAAGCCGUCAAACAAAACAAAACAAACAUCAAUCGGCCGUAAAAAAUUUAACAUGGACCCAAAGAAGGGUAUCGAGUACCUGAUUGAGCAUAAUUUAUUAACACCUACACCCGAGGACGUCGCCCAGUUCCUGUACAAGGGCGAGGGACUCAAUAAAACCGCGAUCGGAGAUUACUUGGGAGAACGACAUGACUUCAACGAGCGUGUGUUACGUGCCUUCGUCGAGCUCCAUGACUUCACGGACCUGAUACUCGUCCAGGCGCUUCGGCAAUUCCUCUGGUCAUUUAGGCUGCCCGGUGAAGCGCAAAAAAUAGAUCGGAUGAUGGAGUGCUUCGCUCAGCGAUACUGUCAGCUUAAUCCCAAUAUUUUUACAAACACCGAUACUUGCUACGUACUCAGUUUCGCUAUCAUAAUGCUCAACACUUCGCUGCAUAAUCCCAGCGUCAAAGACAAGCCCAGUGUCGAACAAUUUAUUACCAUGAACCGGGGAAUUAAUAAUGGAGGCGAUCUGCCAAGAGAAUUACUUGUAAGUUUAUACGAAAGCAUUAAAACUGAACCAUUUAAAAUACCAGAAGACGAUGGAAAUGAUUUAAUGCACACAUUUUUCAAUCCUGAUAAAGAAGGCUGGCUCUGGAAGCAAGCAGGCGGACGGUAUAAGAGUUGGAAGAGAAGAUGGUUUAUUCUCAACGACAAUUGUCUCUAUUACUUUGAGUACACUACUGACAAAGAGCCGCGUGGGAUUAUACCGCUGGAAAAUAUUCAAGUUAGAGAGGUUCAAGAUAGACAUAAACCGCAUUGCUUUGAACUCUAUGCUGCUGGUUCGGAGUUUAUCAAAGCAUGUAAGACGGAUAGCGAAGGAAAAGUCGUAGAAGGUAAGCAUACUGUUUAUCGAAUGUCAGCUGCGACAGAUGAAGAAAAAGACGAAUGGAUAAAGUGCGUAAGACAAAGUAUAUCGCAUAAUCCAUUUUACGACAUGCUAGCAGCGCGAAAGAAAAAAGCACAAAAAACAAAUCUUCACUCGAAGAGUUAAAAUAAAUAUUUUCCAUUUAAUACUCCCAGAGUAUGUAACAUAUAAAUAGUAAAGUACAAUUAACGGUCACACUCGGUGAUUUAUGAUUACAAUCAUAACAAAUAAUAAUAAUAAUAAUUUUCUAAUCAAACUUUCUUAGAUGUAUAUAACAAUUGUUUGAAAUUUGUUUGUUGUCUAAUUCGUUUAUUUUUUCGCGGAUAGUGUUGCUUAGUAUAUAUAUAAAGUAUAUAAAUAUAAAUAAAUAUAUUUAUUUUGUAAAAGUCUGAAAUGUCUUGUGUAUAUCUUCGCUUGUGUAUCAAUAUAAUUUUUUAAUUCAAGAUAAAUAUCUAACGUAGGAAGGAAGAAAAGUCGUGUAAACGUUUGUUUAUGUGAUAGUUUAUUUAUUUAAGCAGAUAUAUGUUUAGUUUAACUAAUUAAGUAAUCAAGUAUUUGUUUGGCCAUAUGAAAAUAUUAUGUUAAAAAGGUAACAUCCUCAUUCAAUAAUAAUUAUAGCAACAAUAUGAGAGCAAAAGAGUCAUGCUCGCACUAAGAUAAAUAAUGAGAAUGAGGCUAACAAGCGAUUACAGUUAUCAUUAUUAUCACUGAUUUACUUUGCUUCAGGGUUAUAUAUAUAUAUAUUUAUUAUAUAUAAUACACACACACACACACACACUGAGUACUAUUUGUUCCGUAUGACUAAUGCUCGUUAUGAAUUAUGCUAAUAAUUAAAUACAUACAUGACACUAGGAUAGAUAAUCGAAUAUAAUUAUUUGAUACUUAGAUUUUAUUUAUUUAAAAAAAAAAGAUUUAUUGUGUGCGCGUUUAAUAAUUAAUUAAUUAACGCAGCACUGGCCAAGUUUAUUUACAAAACUCAACGAAUUAAUGAUUAUAUAAAAUAUUUAUUAUUGAAUUUUUUUUCGCAUGUGAGAAAUAUUGAUGACACAUCGAAGGAGCCUUAUUGGAAUUUUUAAAUAUUAAUUCUUUUGGUAAUUUAAUUGUAAAGGUUUGCGUUGUGAUCACGCAUGUAGACGUAUAUUAUCGGGUAUUAUAUUAUAUUAUAUAUUAUAUUGCAUCAUAUAUAUUAUCUAAUAAUAUGAAAAAAGGUAUAUAUGUAUUAUAUAUUGUAAACGAUGGAGAAAAAUGAUCUACGAAACGAAAAUCGGUCUGUCCGUUUUUCAGACGAAAAACUAGUCGAACCGUCCAAUCAGCUCGUUUCUCUCCGUCGUAACUUUUUAAUUCAAAUU